CGACAAUGAACUGCAGACCCGCCGGUAUAAAAACCCUGCUCCCGACGCCUCAUCUUCGCCCAUUAUCGGAUCCAAUCUUGAGGCAGAGAGAAGGGUUUCUCUGAAUCGGUAGUGUGUGGUUGAUAAUGGGUUCGUUGAUGGAGGAGGAAGUGGAGAAGCUGAGGAAGGAGAAGAGGAUAGUGGUGGCGGUGGACGAGAGCGAAGAGAGUAUGUACGCGCUCUCUUGGUGUCUCACCAACCUCGUUUCUGAUGCUAAUAAGACUAAAAGCACCCUCAUCCUCCUAUACGUCAAGCCGCCACCGCCGCUGUACAACUCCUUAGACGCCGCCGGGUACUUGUUUGCAAAUGAUGUGGUUGGUGCCAUGGAGAAAUACGGAUGGGACUUGGUGAAUUCAGUGAUGGCCAGAGCCGAAGCUGUUUACAAAGACUUCAGCUCCAUUAUGAGUGUGGAGAAGAAAGUAGGGACGGGAGAUGCCAAGGACGUGAUAUGUGGGGCAGUGGAGAAACUUGGAGCUGACAUCUUGGUCAUGGGAAGCCAUGACUACGGCUUCUUUAAGAGAGCUCUGCUGGGAAGCGUGAGUGACCACUGUGCCAAGCAUGUGAAGUGCCCUGUGGUGGUGGUAAAGCGUCCUAGAGACUGAAGAUCAUCGAAGGGAUGGGUGCUUUUGGGUUGAAAGUGUCUGUAGCAUUUCAAUGGAGUCUUGUCCUAAUGUUAGAAUGCUGCAAAAAUUGAAUUAUGGAAGCAUUAUUUCAAGCA